AUGAUGAUUAAGAUCUUAUUCUGGAAUUGUCAAGGAGCGGUGAGCCAAUCCUUUAGACGAAUCUUCAAGGACAUGAUCAGUAGAAACAAACCUCAAGUAGCAGUGCUGAUGGAGACUAGAGUUAGUAAAAGAGCAGCAGACAGUAUUGUUCACAAUUUAGGAUUUCCGAACUCCAUCCGAGUAGAAGCACAAGAAUUCAGCGGCGGUAUAUGGUUAUUAUGGAAAGGCAACAUUUACAUGGAUAUACUACAAGCAUCGAAACAAUUCAUACAUGGUAGACGUAAGACCAAGGUAAAUGAGAAAGGGAUCAUCUCCACGGUGGUGUACGCAAGUCAUCGUGUGGAAAAAAGAAAAAUGUUGUGGAGCAAAAUUCAUCAACUUGACCCUGGAAACAACGAGGCAUGUGUGGUAGGGGGAGAUUUCAAUGCAAUUUUGAAACAAAACGAAAUGAGGGGUGGUAAACAGAGGAGAAAUGGGGUAAGUAGAUCGUUUACGGACUUCGUUUUCGACACCUGUUUGCAUGACGUUAAGACCCUGGGAUAA